AUGCGAGCGGACCAACGACGAUGCAUUUGCCCAUUCCAAACGAGCAAAAGACAGCGGCGCAACGGCGGAUUCCAUUCCAAAAUCCAAAUCUACCGGAUCAGCCAGACAGAAGCAGCAGGCAACGAGGCACCACCGACAUCCGGACAAAGCGCGCACACAGCUGAGAUGCCACACAACAAGCCGGCUUUCUUGAUUAUUGCUGUUCGAGUUUCGGAUCCUCGAUUCGAAUCCAAGCUGAAGCGCUUUUGCUCUCGACGCGUCUCAAAAUGUAACAAACACACCAAAAAUGAUGACAUUUGGACUGUUGCUCUCUUUCUCGCUCUCGUAUGCAACACCCAUCUCGCACGGCAGCACGCCCCUGGAAAUGCAAUUACGCCGUGUGCUGCUGUGACUAUUUCGAGUGGAGCAGCGUCGUCGGUGUCGUUAGGCGAGGUCGCAGUGUGGUUGGCAUGCAGCAAGUCGUCCUGCUUGUCUCUUCUCCUCCUCAUUCUCUUCUCUCCCAUUCUCGACUCAGCAUCGUUCGCUUCCUUCCGCAUUCUCCCCUUCCUGGGCUUAUCACAUUCAUCACCCCUCAGCAGCAAACAUUUCAUCUGA